AUGUGCAGAGCCUCUCUUCCCUGCUACGCAUGCGCGCGGCCCUCCAGAGAGAGAGAGAGAGAGAGAGAGAGAGAGAGGGCGGUCCUAGAGCGGAGGCGCUGCGCAGGACUUCCGGUCCCGGCGGCCGGGGAACAAGGGGGCCAUUUCUGCGCCUGCGCAGAGGUCCGGCCGGGAGAGGCGGGUCUCCCUCUCUCGCCCCCAGAGAGAGCGGGAAGGAGAGGGGCUCGGGGCCCUGGCGGCGCCCCCCAGAAAGAGGGCCCACGUUGCGCUCCAGUCCGUUGGUUUCAGCCAAGGGUCCAGCCUGCUUCUGCCGCGGAUGUGAUGGCCCUCGGCCCCCCUCCCUCCGAGGCAGCCCCCCUCCUUGCCUCGCUACGGCCAUCGCCGCCGCCGCCGCUGAUCCCCGGCUCCCCUUACGCGGUGCUGGUGCUGCAGGAGGGCUACUCGGAGGAGCUGCCGGACGGAUCCACCCGGGCAGACGGGACCGUGACUCUUGUCCUGGGGCCACACCUGACCCUGGUGGACACAGGGGGCCCGUGGGGCCGGGAGCGGCUGCUGGCGGGGCUGGCGGAGAGGGGCGUCUCCCCUGGGGACAUCCGGCACCUGGUCUGCACUCACGGCCACUCGGACCACGCAGGCAACCUCAAUCUCUUUCCCCAGGCGGAGCUGAUUGUGGGGACGGAUGUCUGCCUCCCAGACGGGUGCUACCUGCCCACGGGGCUGCGCCAGGGGGACCCCUACCCUCUCCAUGCGGGGCUCCUGGAGGUCCUGCCCACCCCAGGCCACACGCAGGCUGACGUCAGCCUGCUGGUCAGGGGCACGGCCCUGGGGGACAUCCUAGUGGCCGGGGACCUUUUCGAGUGUCAGGGGGACGAGGGGCUCUGGCAGGCCCUCAGCGAAGACCCUGCGCGCCAGGCACAGAGCCGGACCCAGGCUCUUGCCAUCGCCAACAUCAUUGUGCCUGGGCAUGGGCCACCCUUCUGGGUCUCCAGGAAGGAGCCAGGCAGAGGAGGCAUGGCAGGGGACCCUUCCAGAUGACUCAUUUUGAGGUCUCCAUGAGGAGAAAGAAGCCGCCCUGGACUUCUUCUUGUUCCUGUGCGUUCCCAUUGAAGUAAGAGUCCCAAUUAAAAAUGGUAUGGAGCAAA